CAAGCGAUACUCCUGUCUCAGUCUCCCAAGUAACUGGGACUACAGGGGGUGGGGCACCACACCCACCUAAUUUUAAUAGUCCGUAAUGACCAUGGCGUAGGCCUUGAAUUAAGAAAUUUGCCCAUCUUUCAAAUUCAGAAACUCCAUGAAGAAUGAUUACAAUUGCUUUGAAAAGUUGAUCAUACAAGUCUAUGCCAAAGCUUGUUUUCACACAAUGUCUAGUUACCCUCAGUGGGCAAGUUCUAAAUUAUUUGUGCUAUUAAUAAAAGUAGAAAUCCACAAUAUAUUCUGCCUACGUUGCUUUUUUUUUUUUUUGUCUUUCAUUCUUUUCGUAUCUCAAAGUACUUUUCCUAUUAAUCUUGUUAAAUGUAAAAACUAAGGCUUUCCCCUUUUUUUGGAAAGUGGUGGGUAUAAUUUUAUUAGUAAAAGAUCAUACAAUCUGUUUCUUACAGUCGUCUCUUUUUUUAGGGCUCCGAUUCUUCACAUAUAUACUGAUGUUUUUGUUUAUUUGUAAGUGGGAAAAAGCUAAACUCUACUGGAAUAGGAGAACAAAAAUGACAGGAAGCCACGAAGGGGAUUCUGGAUGUCGUCCGGGGGAAACCCCUCGAAUGUUUUUUUGGUCUCACACACGUGCGCGCUCGCUCCCUCUGUUUUUAAUCUCUAAGAGGACAGGAGGGCGGGACACAGAUGGUUCUUCCUUCUCUUGGGAGUUCUGGGAAAUGUAGUCCACAAUUCUGUCCGGAAACAAUUGGGCUGCCGGACCGGGGGGCUGUGGCUCCUGUUCCCCUCGGGGCUUCUGGGAAGUGUAGUUCAGGGCCUCCAGGUACUCAGAGCCACUUCCUCCCUGGGAAAGCGAAGCCGCCACCAUCUUUCGGUCCGGGAGGUGAGUCAACCCUGCACCCCCACGACCACUCGAGCCUUUUCAGCCGAGCGUGGGACUGUUCGCUACCCAGCCGGCAGUCUUAGGAUGGAGAAGUCGCGGCCGCCGGCGGAGGCCGGAAGUUCGGAUUCCCUCUGCUCCUGCCCUGCUUACGGAGCAGCGCUACUUGUAUCGGUGUGAUACGUAGCCAGUUAUUUACUGCUACCUCUGCGCUCCAGUCUCCUCAUGUGUAAAAUAGCAAUAAGAAUAAGAUAGUAGGCACUGGGUAGGGAUGUCACUAGAAGUAAAUGAGACAAUAUAUUUCAAAAGCUAAGAACAGUGGCAGCAGCUGAUACCAGUUUGGUAUUGAUACAGUUAUUUCCUCACAAACGCCGUUUUUACUGGAAGCCCCAGUGAAGAGAGAAAUAAGGAGGGAUUGAGUGAUCCUGCACCAGUGCCUGAGGGUGUUCACUGCGGUUUAUCCGGGACAUAGACUCAUUCGUGCCAAUUCACCACGACCUUUUCACGAAGCCUUUUCUUCACCGCCCCUGAAUGCAGAAAGAGGAGGAAGGAGAAACUUCUUGGCUUCUCACAGCAUAGCUGCAGCGGAAAGGGAUUCCUGGUUCUUAGAACUUUCCACCUACUCACUUAAUCCUUGGAACAACCCUAUGAGUUAUGCCUUCUCAUGACUCUGACCUUCCCCAAAAGGAGCAGGAGAAAAUGACCAAGUUUCAGGAGGCAGUGACAUUCAAGGACGUUGCUGUGGUCUUCACCAGGGAGGAGCUGGGGCUGCUGGACCCUGCCCAGAGGAAGCUGUACCGAGAUGUGAUGGUAGAGAAUUUCAAGAACCUGGUUGCAGUGGGACAUCUUCCCUUCAAAGCAGAUAUGGUAUCCCAGUUGGAAGUGGAAGAAAAGCUUUGGAAAAUGGAAACAGAAACCCAAAGAAGUGAGCAUUCUGGUGAGAACCAUGCAGCCGUUCUUUCAGGCAGUAAGAAUCAAAAUAAAAUGGAGACUUUUCAAAAAUUCGCCUUAAAAUACCUUUCACAUGAAGAGCUAUCCUGCUGGCAAAUCUGGAAACAAGUUGCCAGUGAAUUAACCAGGUGUUUUCUGAGAAAGAGUUCCCACUUACUGCAAGGUGACUCUGUUCAGGUUUCUGAAAAUGUGAACACUAUAAUGAAUCAUAAAGGAGACAGCUCUAUUUAUAUUGAAAAUCAAGAAUUUUCAAUUUUCAAAACCCAGGAUUCUCAGGUGAAUACAUAUCUGAAUGAGUCACAGAAUCAGAGCAGAGGUAAAAGAAUUUAUGUGAAAAAUAACUUGCACAUAUGUGAAGACUUCAUGAAGAAAUCACCAUUUAGUGAGCAUAUUAAAAUUGACACAGAACAAAAAUCCUACAAAUAUAAUGAAUGUGGCAAGAACACUAGUGAUGGCUCCAAUCAGCAAUUACCCUUAGAGAAAACCCAACCACGUGGUGAGUGUGGAAAAGGCUUCAGUUACAGCUCAGUGCUUCCCCUGCAUCUGAAUGUUCACAUAGAGAAAUGCUUCAGUCAAAGCUUACGUCUGCAAACUCAGAGAAUUCACCCAGGAGAGAAACCUGAUAAAUGUCAUGAAUCUGGUGAUUGCCUCAGUAGGAGUUCUUUUCCAUCUUACCAAUCUAAUCAUACAGGAGAAAAGUCCUACAGGUGUGACAGCUGUGGCAAGGGAUUCAGUAGUAGCACAGGUCUUAUCAUUCAUUACCGAACGCAUACCGGAGAGAAACCUUAUAAGUGUGAGGAAUGUGGUAAAUGCUUUAGUCAAAGUUCAAAUUUCCAAUGCCAUCAGAGAGUCCACACUGAAGAAAAACCAUACAAAUGUGAAGAGUGUGGUAAGGGCUUUGGUUGGAGUGUGAAUCUCCGUGUCCAUCAGAGAGUCCACAGGGGUGAGAAACCCUAUAAAUGUGAGGAGUGUGGGAAGGGCUUCACUCAGGCAGCACAUUUUCACAUACAUCAAAGAGUCCACACUGGGGAGAAACCCUACAGAUGUGAUGUGUGUGGGAAGGGCUUCAGUCACAAUUCACCCUUAAUAUGCCAUCGGAGAGUCCACACUGGAGAGAAGCCAUACAAAUGUGAGGCGUGUGGGAAAGGUUUCACCCGUAAUACAGACCUUCACAUCCAUUUUAGAGUUCACACAGGAGAGAAGCCCUAUAAAUGUAAGGAGUGUGGCAAGGGCUUCAGUCAAGCUUCAAACCUUCAAGUCCAUCAGAAUGUCCACACUGGAGAGAAACGAUUCAAAUGUGAAACAUGUGGGAAGGGCUUCAGUCAGUCCUCAAAGCUUCAAACCCAUCAGAGAGUCCACACUGGAGAGAAGCCAUAUAAAUGUGGUGUGUGUGGUAAAGACUUCAGUUAUAGUUCAAAUCUUAAACUGCACCAAGUAAUUCAUACUGGAGAGAAACCAUAUAAAUGUGAGGAGUGUGGGAAGGGCUUCAGUUGGAGAUCAAAUCUUUAUGCUCAUCAGAGAGUUCACUCAGGAGAAAAACCCUAUAAAUGUGAGGAGUGUGAUAAAAGCUUCAGUCAGGCCAUAGAUUUUCGAGUACAUCAGAGAGUCCAUACUGGAGAGAAACCGUACAAAUGUAGUAUAUGUGGGAAGGGCUUCAGUCAGUCCUCUGGUCUUCAGUCCCAUCAGAGAGUCCACACUGGGGAAAAGCCCUACAAAUGUGAUGUGUGUGGAAAGGGCUUUAGAUACAGUUCACAGUUUAUAUACCAUCAGAGAGGCCACACUGGAGAAAAACCUUACAAAUGCGAGCAGUGUGGGAAAGGCUUUGGUAGGAACUUGAAUCUUCGCCAUCAUCAGAGGGUCCACACAGGGGAGAAACCCCAUAUAUGUGAGAAAUGUGGUAAGGCCUUCAGUCUUCCCUCAAAUCUUCGAGUCCAUCUGGGUGUUCACAUCAGGGAGAAACUUUUUAAAUGUGAAGAAUGUGGUAAGGGCUUCGGUCAGAGAGCACGUCUUCAAGCCCAUCAGAGAGUCCACACUGGAGAAAAACCAUACAAAUGUGAUAUAUGUGAUAAGGACUUCCGGCACCGUUCACGUCUUAUAUAUCAUCAGAAAGUCCAUACUGGCAAAAACCUUUAGAAAUGAGAAUUGUGUUACCAAGUUUUGUCAGAAUGCCCAUCUUCAAGUUUUUGGAGCUGGUGUUAAAACCUGUGAAAGUAUUGAGUGAGGAAAGGGAUUCUUCAGACUCAGAGUCUUUCUAACAAAGCCAUAGUAAGAGGAGUAGAGUAUAGAGUAUAUUUCUCCCCAUUUAGGGGAGAAAUAUAAAUUGUGACCCUCUUGGUAAGAUCCAAUUAGUAUAAACAAUCAUCUGUCAAUGUGAAUAUAUUGCCUGAAGAUAAUGUGAGAAAGGAUAUUUGCCAUAUACUAACUGGUUUUUUGGUCAGGGAGGGUUUGGGAUUAUUUUUCCUUUCAUUUUAUAUUUACAGGUUUUUUUUUUU